CUUUGCAAUCUGAGGACCCAGCUGAAUGUUUUGUGUAUCUCUAUAUAAAGUAAGAGCGCAGAUUUACAACAGAGCAGCCAGCUAAAAGAAGAGGCAGAAAAGUUAGUUUGUGAAAUCAAGUCACUUGCUUUCUUUCCUCCUUGAUUUAUUAUGACUGAACACACCAUCUUGUUGGUCCAACCAAGCAAUAAACUUGAAACUAGAACAUACUCAGAUUUUGAAACUGUAACAGAAUGUAUGGAAGGAGUAUGUAAAAUAUUUGAAGAGCAUUUGAAGCGAACGUAUCCGAACAGUACAUCAAUCACUUACGACAUCAGCCAACUCUUCGACUUCAUUGACUCUUUAACAGACUUGAGUUGUUUAGUACUGGACAAAAGCAAACAAAUGUACGCUCCUAAAGGGAAAGAUUUCAUUAAAGACAGAAUAUACAAAAUGCUGCGCAGUCAAGCGGGGAAAUAAAAA